AGCAAUAACGAAGCACGAGACUAUCAUCGACCUAUCGGUAAUAAUUAUUCUCGUUCUAUCGUGGCGACUCGGAGAGAGAAAAGAGGGUGGACGCACGAGCGUGCAAGGGAGCAGAAAGAGGGGAGUAUAAGGGAGGAUGAGGAAUGGAGCGACUCGGAGAAGACACCAUCGGUGAGCAGCGGAAUGGAGGGCGGUGGAUCAGCGGUUUCCAGCCCGAUCGCGCCGGUCGUCGAAGAAGAAUCGAGUUUGCCGCCACCACCGAGACUGAAUCCUCCUUCCUCGUCCGUUGCGAUCGCCAAUUCGGCCGCUGAGGAUAUCCGAUUGAGGCUCAGCGUGCUCUCCGAAGACGCUCGGAAACGACUUACCGAAGAUAUCGAGGUUGCAAGAAGCUUGAGAGAGCGACAUGUCACCUCGAAACCCAAUCAAACGCGAGAGUCCAGCCCAAAAGAUACGGACGAUGAGUCCAACCUGGUUAUGGUCAAGGAAGAAGACUGUCAACCGAGAUCGUCGUCCUCUUCGUCGUCCUCGAUUAGAAGACGAGAAUCCAUGUGUAGAAGAGACUCGGAGGAGAAAAAGCUGAAACUCGACGACGAACCUGCACCAAGACUGAGACUCAAUCCUAGUCUGGCGACGGAUCCUGCUCUUCGACCCGCCGCCGUAGUUGCGCUCACCGUCAAACCGGAGAAUACCUCGCCGCCGAAUCCUGUGCCACCCCUUCCGGCUGGACUUCAAAAUGAAACUAACAUUGCAGCAAUCGCCUCAGGUCGUCUAUUCGUACUUCCGACCGAUGGUAAGGAGACGAUCACCGUGGAACCAGCCAGGCCGGCGCCUCUCAUCUGUCCCCCGUGCGGCAUCCGCUUUAGCUCAGCGAGCACCCUCGAGGCGCAUCGCACGUUUUACUGCGCUCAUCGUCCCCGGCUCGAGGAAGACGCCACCAACGAAGAAGACGAGGAGAAAUCCAACAAAUUCGAAGUGAGAAAAGCGUACGCCUGUCCUCACUGCUCGUACAGCGCGGACAAGAAGGUCUCGUUGAACAGACACAUGAGGAUGCACGCUGCAUCUCCUGCGCCGCCCACGAUACCGACUGCUCCGACCACGGCCACCACUCCGGCAAGUGGCGCGGCAACUGCCUCGAACGGCUCCUUGAACGAGGAGGCGGAUAGAUAUUGCAGGAACUGCGACAUUCGAUUCAGCUCUCUGAAGACUUACAGAGCGCACAAGACGCACUAUUGCAGCACCAGGCACGUAGUUAAAGACACACCGCCGGCGGCUACGGUAGCUUCUUCGUCAGUGAAAGCUUCGCCACCGACGAGCGCGAGUCCCGGUGAAUCGCCGCCUCCGCAGCCUUGUCUGGCGCUGCCCACGAAUCCCAUUUUGAUCGUACCGUACUCUCUGUUCCGGGGUGCCAGUGUCCUGGCGGCACCCACUUUGCCAGCGCCUGAUACUGCGUGCUUCCUUCUUCCGAACGGUCAUCUUCAACCGAUGACAAGAGGCCUCGCCACCACGACGCAGAACGCCGUGGUCGAGCCUUCGCCGGUUCUCCGAGCAGCGAACAAACCAACGACACCGGCAUCUGUCGUGGCAUCGUCCACGUCGCCGUUAGGCUCAGCGCCACUCGAUCUGAGUGUUCGAAAAUCGCCGACUCAUCGGGACGAGAAAGAGAACAGGGUGUCGCCGGCACCUUCUUCUCUGCCUCCUCCACCUGGCAGUCCAAGGUCCAGAGGAAGCGGAAGUCCUAGAGCAAGAUCGAUCGGUUCUACUCCUACGGCAGCUGGAACUGUUGCACCUCCUCCACCGACGGAACUCGCUCUCAGACUGGCUGAGCUACCGCCACCGCCUGUUCCUGGUGUUCUUGUGAAGCACGGUGUCUCGAGAUGUAAAGAAUGUAACAUCGUGUUCUGCCAGCAUGAAAAUUACGUCGUGCAUAAAAAGCAUUAUUGCCAGGCGAGAGAAACAACGGUCAGCAAUAGUUCUCCGCCACCUGGUACACCCUCACCCCCUUUGGUGCAGUUAAUCUGCGCCGCGUGUGGCAUCAAGUUCGCAUCUAUGGAUAAUCUAGUGACUCAUCAAGCGUUUUACUGUCCCAAAAGGCCAGAACCUCAGGAACAUCAUUCGCGUUGCUCCAAAUGCAAAACUAUAAUUGAACCCGGAGGCACUCAUACUUGUACUAGCGGUCCAACCGGAGGUUGGAGAUGUCCCGUUUGCGGUGCAGUUAGUCCAACAGCCGGAGCAGCUCAACGUCACAUGGAUGCUCAUCAGGGUGUCAAAGCUUUCAGGUGCACGAUCUGUCGUUACAAAGGAAAUACAUUACGAGGAAUGAGAACCCACAUCAAAAUGCACUUUGAGAAACGCGGAACCGAUCUACAGGAAGAGAAUUACAUAACGUGCGUACUUGAUGACGAAACGGUUCUGCCGACACCGGAACCUGCCCCAGCUACGACUCCCGAGGAAAUCCCUGGCGAGGUGCAAGUGAAUGGAAAGACCGAAGUUCGAAAGAGUCCUCAACCACCUCCACCGCCACCGCCGCCACCACCGCCGACGGUGACUAACAAGGUAAAACAAGAACGCGAAGAUACGCCACCUCUUGAAAGCUCGUACCCAAACAAGAGUGGUCCGUGUUACUGUAGGUCGUGCGAUAUCAGCUUCAAUUACUUGGACACGUUCAUCGCUCACAAGAAGUUCUACUGCUCGAGUCAUGUCGGCGAGGCGAGCAACAAUAACAACAAUAAUAAUAAUAAUUCGAGCAAUCACGCGGCGUCAGUACUUUAAAAAGACUCUCGAUACCCGAUGGGACUGUUAAUUGUUGCCAGUUUAUAUAUAUAUAUAUAUAUAUAUAUAUAUAAAAUUGCCGACUAUUCGAUUUAGUUGAUUACCGUUGUGUGAUUUCUGUUAAUCCAGGGAAUUGUUUGUACUUAUAAAUUCAGUUAUCCAACGUGUACAUACGUGCGUGAACGAUCGUGAAAAAGGAGCUGCGUGAAACGUGAAGCUAAAACGUUAAGUAGAAGCAAGAGGAAAGUUAGGUGAUCGUGGCGAUGUUUGAUAGUUCACUUUGGAUUGAUUAGGUAAGAAUAAGAUUGGAUAUUGUACGAGAAUGUAAAACGAAAUAUACACCAGAGUGAAACUGUCAAAUGGAGAUAGAUAUAUAAGUCUAUAUACGAAAGAGAUCAUAGUUGCAAUUAGAUUCACGAUACAGCUGAUCUUAUACGUCACGAUCGACCGAUACGAAAGGUGUGCAAUCUCAUGACUCUUUAAUAAUCUCGUAUAAGGUGUGCAAUCUCAUGACUCUUUAAUAAUCUCAAUAACUGAUAAUCGACACAUACCUAAAGAAUUACGGAAGUAACGAUGAGUGUAAAAUGUUGUACAGUAGCCGAGUAGAGUAUUACGGUACUAUAUAGUAAUAAUCCUGAAUGAUACCAAUUCUCAGCUUGUGAAAACGCUAAGUUGCAAUAUGACAUUUAAUAUAUUAUAUAUAAAUAAAUGAUUUCAUUGUCCAUAAGUCGCGCUCAUACUCUCGGCAAGUAAGUACGUUGAUAACUGUAUCCAGACUGCCAUAAGAAAGGUCGGAGUUUCCUAUCGCUUUGCCAACAUUCUCCAACGUAUAAUAACGAGAGAGUAAAGAUAAAUUAAUGGCCCUUAGUAUUUCUCUUCGAAUUCCGGAUACGGUAUAAUUGGAUCUUUACUAACGCAUUUUCUUCGUUACACACUGCAAUCAAAAAAAGAAAAAAGAAAAAAAAAGA